GCGAGCCGAAGAUCCAACAGGUCAGAGGAAGGUGUGGUGCAGCAGUGGCAGGUUGCAUCAGACAAAAUUCGUACUGCGCUGGGGCUCAGCCGUUCCUGGAGUGCAUGGACCAGCCAGCCCCGCUUUGCUGCUCAUGGCCUUCAUCUCAAUGCUCGUACGAAGGAUUUGCUGAAUGUUUGCUUCGGAGCACACCUCAGGAAAACAGGGCUGGCCUUGUGGCUGUCCCACGAAGCCAAAGAGAGUGUCCAGGAGCUUUUCGUUGAUAUCUCGCAGGGUGUGCAGCGUGAGCCAUGGAAUCGAGCAGGGGGUGAGGCACCAUGCCUCACAACGAGCACCAACCUGUAUGCUUUUGGCAAGGAUAGGGCUGUCUGUCCACACGAGUUGGCACGUAUGAUGGGCUGGCCUGAUCAGUUUGAGGUUCCUGCCAUGGAAUCAUCCGGGCCAUCCAUGCGAGCAUGGGCGGAUGCCGGGGUUGUGGAGUUGGAGUUGGAGGAUUCCUUAGCUCCCAUCCAGCCUCCACCUUCGGAAGCCACAUGGGGUGCCUACACCCAGAAUGGCUUGCCUUCGGAAGAAGCUUGUGCCCGUUGCCGCAAGAUAUGCCGGGUUAUUCUUUGCCUGGAGUGGCAAAUUGCAAUGGCCCGCCUCCAGGAUCCGAAGGACCCAUUGUCACAGUUGUGGGGUGACAUAGACGCAAACCUCGAUGCGUUCGAGGCAGGUGAGGACUUUCCCAACCCAGUGCCAGUUCCCAGUGCUGUGCGGAACAGCACAUCGUAUGUGGAGGAGUUUUCACAGGAAUGUGCAUUCAUCACCGAGGCUGAGUGUGUGAAGUUUGUGGGUGCCACACCCACAUCUUUGGGAUACCAGCUUGAACACCGUUUCGGUGUGGACGGCCAGACAGUCUUGAAGGGCUUGCAUGUGCAGCUUCGCGACCUUCCAGCAACCAUGAGUGUUGGAGACAUUCUAUCGCUCCAUAAAGUGAAGCUUUCACAUGUGAGAAACUUGUCGCAGGAUGAGUUUCUUUUGCGCCCCGAGAACCAGGUACACCAAACCCAAGCCAAGGCGGUUCGCACCAGUGCAUGCAGUGCUUUGGUGAGUCAGCGGGCAUGGCACCACAAGGGAGUGCUGGCUCUGCCGACGCUGCGAGCACUCAAAGAGAAGGCCGAUGGUUUGGAGGAUAGCUUGGCAAGUGCCGCUGCAGGCUGUGGCAGUGGUGACACGGUCGACAGAAAGAGAACCAUCGACUUUUCAUUGGGCUCCUUGCAAGACGAGAAUCCAGCUGGACCAGCAGGUUCGAGAAAGGCACAGAGGAAGGCCAAAGCCAAGGCUUCGGCCCCUGGGGACACUCCAAGGCGAUCCUCCCGUGGAUCUGACAAGAGCAACUUUGGUGGCUCCGACAAGGCGGCGACAGGAGCUUAUUCUCCUGAGGAGGCUCAGGAGAAGUUGCCAGGAGAUGUCGUCCUCCAGAAGGUUUGCGAAGCAUUGCGCAAAGUUCCACAAUGCUUCCAAGGCUUGGAUCCUGAGCGUCAUUUGCGAGGAGAACAGCUGGGCCGAUCCAUGCGUGCAGCCGGGGCCCGGGAGCAACUGGAUGUGCUGAACGCCCAGAAAUCCGGUCAAGCGUAUCUGCUUCAGAAGCGCCUUGCAGUGUGUGAAAGUUGCAGUUUGCUAGCUGCGAAUCAACAUUCACUGCACAACGUGCCAUCGGAAAAGCUCGACGAGUGUGUGCGCUUGAUCACAGCAGAGAAUGUGCCCCUGCCGUUCGCGAUUGAGAUUGCCUUGACAAAGAGGGCAUGCGAGACAGCUAUGGAGAAGGUAGGAAAGGAGUGGACACUGGCCGGUGAGAAGACCAUGUUGGACUUCGUCCUCAAUUGGCUUCCCGACGGUGAGAAAAAGGCCGAGUUCAACCCCAAGGAUCCGAGGUUCCAUGCAUUGAUCUUGCAGGUGGCCCGCCAGUGCCUUGAGGAAGCACAGAUGGAAGCGGCUGAGUUGGAAGAGGAUCCGAAGACCAAGGAGGAGAAGUCCUUCAAGGCGAUCGCCGACGGCAUGAUCGAAGCGGUUGCCAACAAUUUCCUUGCGGCUUUGCUGGAGCUCGCCCCCAAGAACGUGCAUGCAAGAAAAGUGCUUAUGGAGAUCGCCCAGAUCCUCGUCCAGGCCGUUACAACAAUGCCAGAGGCCGACCCGGAACUUCCAGAAGCGAUCAGCGAAACCCUCACAUCGGUGUUGACUUUCGGACGUGCGCUUUUGGCUUUGUUGGUGCCCAUGCCCGAGUACCUCGGUUCGUCUGCGAAGGAUGUCAUCAAGGCGACGACGGCAAGCAAAUCCAAGGACCAGUGUGUCAACCCGGCCUACACUCUUCUGAAGUCUGCGUUGGAGGACCCUUGGUGGCGAGCUCUGGCGACAGAGGUCAAUGUGAAAGCAGGCAUCAACAAAGAAUUGGCACCGGUGUUGAAAAAAUGCACGGAGGACAUCAAGUUCACCAAGGGCGAGGACGAGCUCAACCCAUUGUUGACAGGAGCCCUCGACACGCUCAAUGCAUUGCCGAAGUUGGAUGGUAACCUUCGGGCUGGAGCUACGCAACACUUGCGCGGGCACCUCAAAGUGGUCGUCGACAAAAUCACAAAGGCGAUUCUGGCAGCCCCAUCUGUCGAGAGUUUGCCGAUUUCUCAGGUUUCGGACUUCGUCGGCAAGCUGGCUUGUGUGAGCGAUGAUCCUGCGAUGUGCCAGCAGCAUUUGCAGCUGCAAGCUUGGCAGGAGAAAUCCAAGAGUCAGUUGGACAUUGCUGACACUGUUGCCUUUUUGGCGGCGGCCAAGGAGGGCAACUUGGAUGGGUCCGAGUUGGAUUGGGAGCGGCUGCAGUACCACCUCAGCAAGUUCAGCAAAGGCUUUCCCGAGCAGUGCCUGCCUGACUUGCAGGAGCUGAAAGGUCCCAUUGUGCGUCGGCUGGACAACCGUGCAGCCCGGCUGAGUUUGGAGUUCGGUGUAUCUGUGUAA